CUUAGAGAAAAGUAUAGUCUUGCUAGUUGCUAGGAACUCACUAGUGAUGUUUAUUAUAUUCAUGGAUGUGGUAUAGCAUCUGCAUCAUUCAUUCUACUCCCUCCCAACUACGACAGAAUUGAACUAAAACAGAGCUUUUAAGACUGAAUAAUGAUUUAGGAUGCUACUUAUCUUCAACCCAAAUUCCCCAUUUCAACGCAUCAAGGCUAGCUAAAAAUUAUAAACUGUGAUUAUUUAGUAGAUAAAGAUGUCAUUAAAUUCUUGAUGUCAAAGUUAACCCAGCUCUCCUACUCUAUUCGUAAUACGGUAAUACUAUUUUUAUAAAAAAGUUAAAAUUUGUAAUACAAAGUAGGGAAACCCAGAAUUCUUAUAAAAUAGUCACUAAGUUUUCUCGAGAAAAAGUAAUAGAAAAUCCCACUAGCCAUAGCCCAUAGGUGGCCGCAGUUAUAUAUGUGAGGCGUAUGCUUGAUUGUUUAUGCAACAAAAAAUUAUAUAUGUAUUCACUCCGCUGUAGGAUUUGUAGUUGAUGAGUUUGCAUCUCAACAACCAUUUGGUGUGGUCAGCAGCUCAGCUCUCCUCAUUCUCCUGUUUCUUUUUCACAAUUGCCACAUUUCUUUAGCUUCAAGUGAUGACUUUCUGAAGCAACUCACCGUUUAAUUAAUCAAAUUAAAUGCCUCUAAACAGCAGAAACCAAAAGUAGCAAGGAUUAAUCUCGCCACCCGUAAGCUGAAAGCACAUACUAGUUCCUUCUGCUCUGUGUUUCUGAUUCCUUUCUGUCUGACUUGCUUCCAUUCACCAUUUCACCUUCAGCCACGGCAGCCGGAAAACCAGACUAAACAUUUAAAUUCCGGUGGCCGUUCUAGUCGUAUACCCAGAUGGGUUCUGUGGAAAGAUCGAAGAAGAAGGUCCAUUUAUAUAAGAACGUCUUCUUCCAUUUCUUGUUAUGCUUUGUUUUGGGAUUCUUCACCGGCUUUGUUCCUAGUGCCAAGUCUUUGUUCUCUAGCCGUGUUGUUGCUUCUGAUCGCUCAGCAUUUUCGCCGCAAUCCAUGGAAGUUUUGGACCAAGAUGGAACAGAGACUAGGAGUUCCAAUAGGAGUUUGUUGGAUGAACCUACCAGCAUCUCAGAGACUGCGAAAAUCUUGGACGAAGAAGAGUCGUCGAUUCCUAGAAGGCUUAUAAUUGUUAUUACACCAACUAGCGCGAGGGAGAAGCUGAGAUUGGUGAACUUGAGGCGGCUGGGGAACACAUUAAAGCUGGUUCCUCCACCCUUGUUGUGGGUGGUGGUGGAGCAGCAGCAGCAGCAGCACCACCACCAUCACAAUUCCUCACAAGUAUCAGAAGCGCUUAGAAAAACUGGCAUCAUGUACAGGCAUUUGGUGUUCAAGGAGAACUUCACCGAUCCAGAAGCUGAAAUGGAUCAUCAGAGGAACCUCGCGCUUACUCACAUCGAACACCAUAGGCUAAGCGGGAUCGUUCAUUUUGCUGGGCUCUCAAGUUACUACGACCUCAGCUUCUUCGAUGAGAUUAGAGCUGUCGAGGUGUUUGGGGCAUGGCCCAUGGCUUUCCUAUCGGUGAAUAGGAAGAAGGUGAGAGUUGAAGGACCAAUAUGCGAUUCUGAGGAAGUUGUUGGAUGGCAUCUGAGGAAGAUGGACAAUCUAUUAGACACAAGUUCCUUUCUUCAUAUCUCAAGUUUUGCAUUCAACAGUUCGAUCCUUUGGGACCCUGAAAGAUGGGGUCGAUCAUCUUCUGUUCAAGACACCUCACAGAAUACGAUUAAAUUCAUCAAGAAAGAGGUUCUUGAAGAGGACAGCAAACUGAUAGGAAUCCCUGCAGAGGGCUGCUCCAAAAUCUUGCUGUGGAAUGUCCAUGUUCCAAAAACAACAGCAAUAUAAUUUUGUAUAUUUUGCUUUAAAUGGAGGUUAAUUUUUUUUUCAGUCUCUUGUAAUUUGAUAAUUUUGUAUAUUUUCAAUUUUUUUUGAAAUAUUGAUAAUAGUUUUUAUGAUGCCUAGUCUAAUACCUUUAAAAAAUGGUAAGUUAGACCAGUGAGAAGCGAAGCAACGCCUGAGAUGGAUAAUGCUGAGAUGGUUGAUGAGUUGGAUCUUCUUUUUCAGUUGUAUAAGAGACUUUUUGAUGAGUUGCAAAACAAGUGAAGAAUUGUCUUGAGCAUCUUUAUGAUGCGCUCUCCAAUGCCAAUGCUUAAGUUAGUAAUUAGAGUGAAUAUUGAUAGGAUUGGAAAAGAAGAGAUUGUGUAUCAUUAGCUAGUGGUGUUUAGGGUCUUGUGUUUGAAGGGUUAUCAUUCGAAAGGUCACACUUCUUUCCCCUAAUUGGGGCGGUGAGAAACUUGAUUUCUGUAUAAGGCUUUAAUCAUGGGGAGAUAUUUUCUCCCUCUUUGCAAAUUAAUGGGAGUUAUCCUCCUGCCUUGGUUUGUUUUCCU